AUGUAUAUGUUCGUUGUUGGAAGUGUCAAGGCGUAUGGAGUGCUCUAUACAGAGAUGGUCGAUUAUUACUCUUCCGGAUCCGGAAAUACAGCUUGGAUCGGCAGUAUAGCCAGAACACUUUAUUUUGGUCUUGGUCCGGUAGCAAAUCUUCUUUGCAAGUUCUACACGUUCCGGCGUGUAGCUUUUACAGGGGGAAUUCUGGUAGGACUUGGUCAUUUCCUGUCGGGAUUCGUAACAGAGAUGGAAUUCAUGUACUUGACUUUCCUGAUGAUUGGAAUUGGAUACGGGUUAACAUUUGCACCUUGUUCGACAAUUAUAAGUUACUAUUUCGAUAAACGCCGUGCAUUAGCAAAUGGUAUAAUGGUAUCUGGAAGUGGUGUUGGAGCAAUGGCUCUACCAUUCCUUUAUAAGUACCUCACUGAGCAGUACGGUCUGAGCGGAGCAUUUUGGAUAAUUGGCGCCACUUUUGCUAACAUAUGUGUAGCAGCUUGUACGUUCCGCCAACCAAGAUAUUUGGUUGAGGAACAGAGAAAGAGGGAGCAUGCACGUGGAAAUGCAAGCAAUGAAUCUAGAAUCAAUGAUGGUCGAUCCUCAUGUGAAAAGAGUCAUGAAAAUACUGUUCAAAAGGCUAACAAAAGACCUUGCGCUGCAUUAGAUCUGCGAAUUUCUCUUUUUAAAAAUGCAUUGUUCACUCUUUACGUUAUAUCGUUCAUGUGUUGUGCAUUUGGAUAUACUGGCAGUUUCAUUCUCAUCCCUGCCAAUGUAAAGGCACUUGGGUAUGACAAAACGUAUGUGGCACUUAGUGUAACAAUAUUUGGUGGCGUGGAAGUUGUUGCUAGAAUACUGAUUAGAUUGCUUGCAGAUUAUACCGUUAUUAAGCGUAAACACAUUUACGCAGUUAGUAUGUUAAUUGGUGGGGCGUUUUCUCUGUCAGCUCCAUUAUUUAAAAGUUUUACUUUCAUGGCUGUAUAUGCAACAGCUUCAGCUAUGUUUCCGGGGUCAUACUUUAGCUUAAUUUCAGUACUGACAAUAGAUGUUGUGGGUUUAGAAAAUUUUGCAGCUGCAUUUGGAUUACUUACAUUUUGUCUAGCAUUUGGCUCGCUUCCAAGUCAGCCUAUCAUUGGCUGGUUGUACGACUUGAACGGAAACUGGCAUUUAUCUUUCAUUCUGACUGGCUGUAUGUACAUUUUGGCCGGAGUCAUUAUACUACUGGAACCUAUCGUCGUCCGAUGUUGCUCCAAAACAGACAAUAAAACCCCAAGUUUGACUGAGAACCAACAACAAGAUGAUGGCAGAGCAACAGAAGAUGAGUGCAAAGAUGACGUGGAAUCAAAUGACACUAGUUUCACACAUCUAUAA